CAUCUCCUCUUCUGUUCAGUUCACUGUCUGAAUUUGAAACAUAAACGGAAACAGACCAAACCAAAACUCAAACACGUUUUCCCUCUCCCUUACUCUUUUGCUUUAAAAAUGCUACUCUUUCUUUCCCUUCUCUUCCUUUCCUUCCCCUUCCCUUCUCUUUCCCUCAACCAAGAAGGUCUCUACCUCGAGCGAGUCAAACUCGGCCUCUCCGAUCCAACUCACGCCCUCUCUAACUGGAACCAACGAGACGAAACUCCAUGCAACUGGUCCGGCAUCACUUGCGACUCUGUAACUCAACGAGUCCACUCGGUUGACCUUUCCAACUCUUUCCUCUCGGGUCCCUUCCCUACCUUUCUUUGCCGCCUUCCUUCUCUUACCUUCAUCUCUCUCAACAACAAUUCUAUCAACUCGUCCCUGCCUGUCGAUUUUGACAUGUGUCAGAAUCUCGAGUCAUUGGACUUGGGCCAGAAUCUUUUAGUGGGUCCCAUCCCGGAAUCUCUCGCGUACUUGCCAAAUCUCCGGUACCUGAGUUUGGCGGGAAACAAUUUAACCGGUGAGAUACCGGUGAAAUUUGGGGAGUUUCGGCGGCUUGAGACGCUCUUGCUUGCCGGCAAUUUCCUUAACGGAACUAUACCCAGUCAGCUCGGUAACAUUUCGACUCUUGAAUUUCUCUAUAUCGCUUAUAACCCUUUCACCCCGAGUCCAUUUCCGAUUCAACUCGCCAACUUAACGAAUCUUAAAGAGCUCUGGCUUUCUGACUGUAAGCUUAUUGGUCCCAUUCCUACAAGUCUGAGCCGUUUAACUCGGUUGGAAAACUUGGAUUUGUCUCAGAACAGACUGACCGGGCCAAUCCCGAGCUCACUCGCCGAGUUGAAGAAUAUUGUCCAAAUUGAGCUAUUCAACAACUCUUUGUCUGGCACGCUACCAGUGGGAUUUGCAAACUUGACGAAGCUGAGAAGAUUCGAUGCCUCCAUGAAUCAGUUAACCGGGACGAUUCCAAAUGAGCUGUGCGAGUUGGAGCUUGAGUCACUGAAUUUGUACGAGAACAGACUCGAAGGGAUAUUACCGGAGAGUAUAGCCAAGUCUCCCAACUUAUACGAGCUCAAAUUGUUCAAUAACAAGCUAAAUGGUCAAUUACCGAGCGAACUCGGCCAGAAAUCGCCGUUGAGGUCCCUUGAUGUGUCAUACAAUGGAUUUUCUGGUGAAAUACCGGAGAAUUUGUGUGCAAAGGGGGUAUUAGAAGACCUCAUUUUGAUAUACAAUUCAUUUUCCGGGAAAAUCCCAGAAAGUCUGGGAAAAUGCCGCAGUUUAGGCCGUGCUCGGUUAAGGAACAACCGGCUUUCUGGGACUGUUCCAGAAGAGUUCUGGGGGCUUCCAAGAGUGUAUUUGGUUGAGCUUGUGGGGAACUCAUUAUCUGGGCAAGUUUCCGUAAGAAUUUCUGGCGCUUAUAAUCUCUCUGUUUUGCUCAUUUCAGACAACAAGUUUUCUGGGCACAUACCUAUGGAGAUUGGUUUUCUUGGCAAUUUGAUUGAAUUUUCUGCAAGUAAUAAUAUGUUUGCGGGUCCAAUUCCUGGAAGCUUGGUUAAUUUGAGUGUGUUAAAUAGGCUUGUCCUUAAUGGUAAUGAAUUGUCUGGUGGGUUCCCCGCGGGAAUUCGAGGUUGGAAGAGUUUAAAUGAGCUUAAUUUGGCAAACAAUAAGCUAUCUGGUCCCAUCCCUGAUGAAAUUGGGAACUUGCCAGUGCUUAAUUACCUUGAUCUUUCUGGGAAUCACUUUUCUGGGAAAAUCCCACUUGAAUUGCAAACACUGAAGCUCAAUUUGUUGAACUUGUCAAAUAAUAUGCUUUCUGGAGAGCUCCCUCCUCUUUUUGCAAAGGAGAUUUAUAAGAAUAGCUUCGUGGGAAAUCCAGGAUUGUGUGGUGACUUGGAGGGCCUUUGUCCUGAGAUGGGUGAGUCUAAGAAGAUGAGCUUCUUGUGGCUUCUCAGAUCGAUUUUUAUACUUGCUGGUUUAGUUUUUGUUGUUGGAGUUGUUUGGUUCUACUUCAGGUACCGGAAUUAUAAGAAAGGCAAGAAAGGGAUUACUAUAUCCAAGUGGAGGUCUUUCCAUAAGCUUGGAUUCAGUGAAUUUGAGAUUGCUGAUUCCCUUAAGGAAGAUAAUGUGAUUGGAAGUGGAGCUUCUGGGAAAGUAUACAAGGUCGUGCUUAGUAAUGGUGAGACAGUGGCGGUAAAGAAACUAAGUGGAGGGAGCAGGAAAGAGGAUGCUAGUGCCAACUAUGACAAAGAUGAAUUCGAAGUGGAGGUCGAAACUUUGGGCAAGAUCAGGCACAAGAAUAUUGUGAGAUUGUGGUGUUGCUGCAACAAUGGGGACUGCAAGCUUCUGGUUUACGAGUAUAUGCCAAAUGGGAGCUUGGGUGACUUGUUGCAUAGUAGCAAGGGAGGCCCGUUGGAUUGGCCAACAAGGUACAAGAUAGCUUUAGAUGCAGCAGAGGGCUUAUCUUACUUGCAUCACGAUUGUGUUCCUCCAAUCGUUCAUCGGGAUGUGAAAUCGAACAACAUAUUGUUAGAUGGAGAGUUUGGUGCUAGAGUUGCAGAUUUUGGAGUUGCUAAAGUUGUCCAAGGAGUUAACAAGGGAACAGAAUCCAUGUCUGUGAUUGCUGGUUCUUGUGGUUACAUUGCACCAGAAUAUGCCUAUACUCUGAGGGUGAAUGAGAAGAGUGACAUCUAUAGUUUUGGAGUAGUCAUAUUGGAGUUGGUAACAGGCAGGCUGCCUAUAGAUCCAGAAUUUGGAGAGAAAGACUUGGUGAAAUGGGUUUACUCCACCUUAGACCAAAAAGGAGUGGAUCAAGUAAUUGAUCCCAAACUUGAUUCCAGUUUCAAGGAUGAAAUUUGCAGGGUUCUUGAUGUUGGUCUUCGCUGCACUAGCUCUCUUCCCAUCAGCCGGCCUUCAAUGCGGAGGGUGGUGAACAUGCUGCAAGAGGCAGGUGUAGAAAGCAAGCUUAAAUCCAGCAAGAAGGAUGGGAAGCUCUCUCCGUAUUACCAUGAAGAAGCCUCUGAUGAAGUGCAGUUGAGAAUAGAGAGUUAAUUGGUGGUGAAUUUUCAUUACUGCCUCUUGAUGAUGUUUGAUUUCAUAGGGCAAAGGGAAUGAUUGAUGAAAUGACAGGAGAUAGAUCUCUCCACAUGCUCUCUUUGAAAAUUAUAGCCUACAUUUAAGACCACAGAUUAAGACAAGAAAAAGCUUGCAAUUAUUGGUGCCUGCUAUUUUAGUUGCUGUCUUCCUCUUUAAUUAGGUAAUUGUAACAUGGAAAAACAUGGGACUUGUCAAGAAAUGAACCGGACAUUUCCAUUUAGCAAUAGUUGUUAUACAUCAGCAUCAUCAAUACAAAAUUUAGAAAGAUCCAAUAUUUUUGAACCUUUA